AAUUGUGUAUGGCUUUCCAUAACUGAGGACGGGUAGAUGGACAAUAUAUCUAUAAUAACUACGUUUUCGUCAGCAAACUUCAUCAAUACUUCUCUUCUCUCUUACCGAUCUCGUUUCUGAGAAAACAGAAAUGCAUUUAAGACUUUUUACCAUAGUCCUAUUCCUGACUGGUGUAGGAUCAGGAUGUUGCACUUGCUUCAAUGCCUCUUCUGUUGUGGCGUUAGAUGCGCAUAUUGAACGUUACAUAUUUAGGAAAGUAAGGUCACAGUCUCUCUAUUCCUGUGCAUCGGCAUGUCUGAUGUCUUCAGUCUGCAUGUCCUUCAACUUUGAGACCAAGACUCGCAUCUGUGAACUCAACAGCAACAGCAGUGACCAGGUGGCCGUCACAACGCAGCCAGGAUUUCUCUACAGUGACAUCAACCACUGGCCUAAGUCACUCGCUGGCGCCUGCUCGGGGAAACUUUGUCCAAUGUCCAGAUGUUAUCUAGAUCGACUGGGUCGGGCAUCAUGUGAGACAGUUACAGAGUUUCAAGGCUGUGCGGCACCACCUGCUGUUGCCAAUGCUGAAAUGCAUUAUGAGGGAGUGUACGAAGGAGCAGUUGCAGAAUACACUUGCAGGGACAACUUUAUGAUGUGCACUGCAAGACACAGCAGAGUUUGCCAGUUGACAGGAAAUUGGAACGGUUCUGUCGGCCCGUGCGCACAGUACAGUUGGGACAACCCGGUGAUGAACUCCCGCUUCGUCGUGCCUUGUGGGAAUUCAAGGAGUUUCAAAGUGGCAAUGUACAUCACUCCAACGGCCGAUAAACCACUAACUACAAAUUUUUACGGAGGAGGAAAUAUUCUGUAUCAUAUGGUCUUCCGACUGAAUGAAAACAAGCUAGUAUUCAACUCACAAUUCUCCGGUGUGUGGGGAGCAGAGAUUAAGCUAUCGCCGGUCCCAUUGGCAAUAGGUAUCGAGUCUCUGGUGGAGAUACGACUGGAUCAAGGCAUGUACAUGCUAGCUAUAGAUGGAUCAAGCAUACAUAACUUCACAGACAGAUACCCGAAUGCGAUUCCGGAAUACAUCUUCAAUGGCGACGCCAUCCUCACAGCAGUGUACAUCACCAUGUAACGUUGUUGUCAUGAUCAACUGACUCUCGGUCACAAAACCUGCAAAACGAAAACAUCCCACAGCAGAGCUAAACAGUUUCUGGACAUACAAAGCAAUGUGAACAUUGUAUCAGUCAGCGGAGUAUCAGACGUUUCUUUCAAAACUAUGGAUGACACAUUAGGUAGUCACUCCUCAAGUCGCUUUUAGAUGACAUUGCGGUUUCAAAAACGUAUAUUAUAUAACGUAUUCAUUGUAUAAAAAAUAUUAAGUGAUCUUAUAUUUGUGACACAAUGAAACCAUGCACACUUGCUUGAUAAUCUUUUGGACGGUAUUUGUUGACUUAAAAACUGGUUAUCUGGUAUUUGCUGUGUAUUCUUUCCUCCUUUUCGAGAGAAUGGAAGCAUCCACAUGUUCUAUGUAUUGCUGAUAAUAUGCUCUUGUUCAUUAAUCUUAAUAAAAAUCACAACAAACCUCUGGAAUGUCAUAAGAGAUGGUGACACGUUUUGCAGUAGUUCCUACUGCCUAUGGAAUGUCCCUUAUGCCAUCCUUGGGCUGUGGAUAGUCUCUUCCAUUUUAAAAGCUUAUGCAAUUGUUUUGAGAGAUAAGACGCUAUUAAGCAUUUCAAAUCUGUCGCGAUCGUUCAGCUCCUAACUGUCGUAUGGAAUACCCCUUGAGACCAGUGAGACAGCAUCGUCCGUUUCAUAUUUAGAUCCACAUUGUUUGUUCAAGGUUUUCAAUAUUCAAUGCCCCAGUAAAGCUUUCAAAAAAAAGGUUUUUAUAGUUGACAUGUGUAGCACAUUUGACGCAUCAGUGACAACAGUUAUGUCCGAUGCAAUUUCCUAUUUUGACUCUGAUGCUCUUUUCAGAUGAACACUUGGUUUAGCUUUGCAUGUGUUUGUAAUGGUGCCACUGUUCGUAGUUGCACAAUUACAUUGUUUUGACUCGACCUGUAACCUGUAAUGGGAUGUCGUCAGAUUUUUGUGUUGCAGUAGCGAUCACUAAGGCCUGAUUUUAAUAAGAUUCUUUCAGCUCAUCCAUGAACUUUAGCUCUAUUCCACCAUGUACAACAAUGUUUGAACAUCCUUGUCUGCACAGUGUUAGUUUUAAUUGUACAUUCCACAUUUAAAAGGAGUCCACUUCAAGUAUAUGUGUAGAAUAUAUUGUGCUGAGGGUUGGUAAUGAGCACAGGUCCUUAAGGAUGUUCAUGGACCCACUAAUCUCUCUCUCUCUCUCUCUCUCUCUCUCUGUCUCUCUCUCUCCUCUCUCUCUCUCUCUCACGUUAUUGAAUUCCCAAUCCUCUUAAAAUAUCUCUAUGACUUUACGAAAUUAACUAACAGAAGCAGUCCACAUUCGCCGCCAUGAGCAAUCAGUCAACAGAGAUAACGUUAUUUCAUCCCAUCCACCUACUAUGAACAUCCUUGUCUGCACCGUGUUAGUUUUAAUUGUACAUUUAUGAGUAGUUGAUUCCACAAUUAAAAGGAGUAGUACACUUCAAGUAUAAGUUUAGAUAUGUAUCUUGCACUGAGGGGUGGUAAUGAGCACAGGUCCUUAAGGAUUCUCUCACGUUCUUUACAUUCCUUACAUAAUAUUGUGAGAGAGGAAAGAAAAUGUACAUUGUGUAAAAAUUUGAUAUGUGAUGAAAUGCACUUUUUAUUGGAAUGUCCACAACUCUCAGAAAUUAGAAACAAGUUUUUGCCUCAAUACUACUGUAUGUAUCCUUCUUCCAUAAAAUUCUCUCAUUUGAUGUCCAUUACUUAUAAGCCAAUUCUAUUAAAACUG